AAGAUUUUCAACGUAGCCAUUCCGAAAAGAGUCGGCAAUCGUUGAAGAACAAGUUCUUAGGUUAAGCAAUUGUGAUCUUCUCCAGUGAGAUAAAAGUUUAAUAGAUACUUACAUUCAGAUAGUUCAAUCGUAGUAGUAAUGACAAUGACUUUGAAAGUAUCUUUUAUCGUGCUACUUUGUGCAGUGGGUUGUAUGUGCCAGGAGUUGAAUUCUUCUGCAAAGUGUGUGGAUGAUGGUGGCUUUUGUGAAAAUCAUAACGAGUGCUGCUCCGGUACAUGUGUGACCUUUACCUUCAAAUGUGCCCCAAAUGCAAAUUACUACCGACAGUCCUCACUUGAUCGAAGUGCUUUACAGACGUUAAUUAAUGGCCUAUUCGCGAGCACUGAACGCCCCGCAAAUUAUAGCCUUCCGACGCCUGGCCUAAAUUCUCGGUUUGGUGAAGACGAAGCAACAGCUCCUCCAGCACAAAGUCCACCACCAGCAUCUGCCGUCAACCCAGAUUGUAAAGAGAUUGGCGAGAAGUGUUAUCGGGACAGCGAAUGUUGUACCAACCGAUGUCAUGGGUUUCUCCACCAAUGCGUGACGUAAACAACUCCCGCGAUCAACGUAAAAUUAAAUUGGACUUUAUUUUAUUUCAGUAGAACUUUAAAAACGUGUUUCAAUCUGGAAAUUUAAUUAAAAAGAAUUAUUUUUUUAUUUGAA